CUAGUGAGGUUGACGAUCCACCCACACACCGAUCAAUCGUCACUCCACCACGAUGAAGACCGAGUCUGCCAACGAAAGCAGCCUACAAGAAAUCGAAGAAGGCCUGGAUGCUCUACUUGACAAGGCCCGUCACUCACAACCACCUCUGCCCGAGCAACUGUCCUCACUACUGGCGGCGUUCAUACCCUCACAUCCUCCUCCUUUACACACCAAGGCGUACUUGGUACUCUCUACUUUCUGUCAAAACGCGCGUUCCUUAGCAUCGGGGAGAAGCCAGCAGGAAGAGGCUGGCACGGAGUCCCUCGCACGCAUCUUUCAGCCUCCUAUCGCAUCGCACUUGUCAGAAUCCAGAGAUUCCGACAUAAUUGCAGGUGUCUCGUUCCUAUAUGCUCUCUUCCAAGUCGAUAGGCAAUCUGCUUCAUAUAUCUUCCAAGAUGACGGCUUUGCUGACCUCUUGUCGACUUUGAUCGUUUCUCCCUCUCCUCCCUUGUCAUUGGCAGUUUCCCGACUGUUCGCGCAGGCGAGCGGGCACAAGACUUGUCGUAUGGCCAUUCCAGCCGAGGCUGUCACCUGGCUUCGAAACCAGUCCCGCCAAACAGGUGACCGAGCCAUUCGCGCCGCUGCUAUUCUCUCUCUGAUUAAGCUGUCUCGCGGGAUGGCGUCCGACUCCUCUGGCCUGGCGGAGACACCUUUACCCGGAAACGUCGAGCAUCAGGAUGAGGAAUAUGCUGCCCAACUAAUGGAGAUGAUUGCUGGUAACAGUGAUACCCGUGCUUUCGUCAGUGAUGCCGUGGAAGGGUUGACGUAUCUUAGCGUCACUCCCUCAGUCAAACAAUCAUUAGCGGAUACGACUGUGCUGAAAACGUUAUUUACACUCGUUCCGAAACGCACGAAGUCGGUCGUUCUGCAUGAUCAUACGACUGUGUUAUACGGUAUUCUGGCCAUCGCUGCAAAUCUUUGCGCCUACAAGCCACGUCUGAGUCAGGGGGAGAAGCAGUCUAGUUCUAAGGGUGAUGAAGAACUCUCGCAUCCGCUUGACGCAGAUAUGCAUGUCCAGACUAGGUGCCGCACCGCAAUCGAUAGUGGAGUGCUGGAUGUAUUGACUGUAGCAACUGGGGAAGAGAGUGCUGCGUCAAGAAACCUUGUUGGUCGCAUCUAUUUGUGCUUGGUGGAGGACAGAGGAAAUAGGGGCAGAGUUCUGCAAGGUGGUGGUGUAAAGAACCUCUCGCGUACCAUCAAGUCGUAUCCCUCGUCUUCCCAAGACCCCAUUCCUUCUGAAGCGCUAGUCCCUAUUCAAGCUCUUGCAAAACUCGCAAUUACUUCUUCACCGAUGCAGGUUUUUGGUCCGAACGAAGGGAAUAUGAUGGACGCAGUCCGACCAUUUUCGCAGUUGAUCCUUCACCCUUCUGCUAGCACUCUUCAACAAUUCGAAGCGAUGAUGGCGCUGACGAAUCUGGCAUCUCACAGCCCUAUUUGCGCGUCUAAAGUUGCAUCCUUUCCCAAUCUUCUAAACAGAGUAGAGCUUUUGCUCCUCGACGAUCACACUCUAGUUCGCAGAGCGUCUUGUGAAUUGAUCUGCAACCUCGUCGCUGGGUCAGACGAAGUCUUCGCACGGUAUGGAGGGAAUGAGGGUGGUAGCCAAUCCGGAACCUCGAAAAUACAACUACUUGUUGCGAUGUCGGACGUGGAAGACCUUCCAACCAGAAUGGCUGCUUCUGGAGCGCUGGCUAUGCUCACGAGCACCGCCGGUGCAUGCCGUGCAGUCUUUGAACUUCAGAAGGGGCGUCAUAGGGCAUUUUCGGUUAUCGGUAGGCUCAUCGAUCCUUCGCUUCAAGUCGGUGAUACAGGAGUUGUAUCCGAAGCAAUUCCGGUCAAAGGUGACUCUGGGUUGGUUCAUAGGGGUGUGGUUUGUUUCCGCAACAUCUUGAAUGCGGAAAAGUUAUCCCACACGGAACUCAUGGAGGAGAUGGAGAGGGCAGAUUUGUUCAGGGUAUUUUCAAAACUGCUGAAUGGAGAUCUGGGUUCCUACGACACUACUAUCUUGCAAUGUGCUGCUGAAGUAGCUAAAAAGCUUGCGGAUUGGUCAAGUACACGCACGGGCACGCAGAUGGUUUCAACGAGACAACGUUCCCACUGUCAUGACGAUGCGGAUGACCCUGCGUUCUUGGCACUUCCUGCCAGACUUAGACGCCGCGUGGACGAGGCUUUCGAUGCAUCCGCUGUGCCAAGGAAACCAACACCUGUCCGGCAAAAUAACGACGAACUUGCCGCACCCGGAGGUUUUAUAAUCGACGACGUCGAUAGUGCCGCUGCACAUGCAGAGGAGGAACCAGGAGGGUUUUUUAUUGACAGUGAAUCAUCAACUUCCCGUGUCCACGGCUCGGACAUAUCUGGCGAUGAUUUCUACGUUCCGUUGUCGUCCAUUCCUGGCACUCUCCACCUGCUAGACCUGGAGUCUGAUGACGAGAUACUGGGUGUCUUUCGUAACGCCGCAAGUGGCUGGGGUGCUCGAAAUACAGAUAUUGAGGGUGUCAACAGGAAGGAUUGGAGGGCUGUUUGUGCUGUCUUACUCGAAGGGCAGGAUGGGAAUUCGCCAAGAAGCGAGGAGGCAGAGGUUGUUGAAGUCGAAGGAGAGAGCGGAUCAGAAGGUGACGAAUAUCAGAUUUCCGUUCUAUCUAGCGACCAGGAAGAAUCUUCGGACGAAUACCAGGACAAUAUCUCGGGCAUCGUCAAAUCAAAGCAAGCAACCAGUGGUUCCCGCAAAGCUUCCUCGAAGUGUUCCACAGUCAGUUUGGAUGAUGUCCGUGUCACCGCAGAACAGAGAGCUAUCUGCAGGGAAGAUUUCGCGCGUUUUUUCCCUGCGAUUGCAGACGCCCAAUUGGAUAGCCAACUGUAUAACAGCUCAAGAGAUAAUUCAAGCAGCUCUGUUAUUGAAGGAAAGCCUUAA